AUGUGGACGGUUUGGCUGAUCAUCGUUGGUGGCGGUAUUGCUGGUCUCACGGCCGCAAUCGCGCUGCGCGCCUCCAACCGGAGAAUCACAGUCCUGGAGCAGUCGCGAUUGAACCGCGAAAUCGGUGCAUUGAUUUCCCUACAGCCAAAUGCUUCCCUGAUCAUGCGCAAGACGUGGAAGUUCGACAAAGAGAUGGAAGAAGCGCGUGGCUUAAUCGACUAG